AUGAAUGUAAUGAAGAAACCCUUAGAAUGCAAUGAAUGUGGGAAAGCCUUCAGCCACAGCUCAUCCCUUAGAUAUCAUCAGAGACUUCAUACUGGAGAAAAGCAAUAUAAAUGCAAUGAGUGUGGGAAGUGCUUCAGUGCAAGUUCAGCACUUGGAAAACACCAGAGAACUCAUAUUGGAGAGAAACCUUUUUCCUGUACUGAGUGUGGGAAAGCCUUCAUAGAGCGAGGAAGACUUACAGAACAUAUGAGAAUUCAUACUGGAGAGAAACCUUUUGAAUGUAAUGAAUGUGGAAAGGCCUUUAGCUUUGCCAGUUGUCUUACUAAACAUCAGAGAAUUCACACAGGAGAGAAACCUUUUGAAUGUAGUGAAUGUGGAAAAGCCUUCAGCCAAAGCUCAAUACUUAGGACACAUCAAUUAACACAUACUGGAGAGAAGUCCUUUGAAUGUAAUGAAUGUAAGAAAGCCUUCAGUAGUCGGUCAUCCUUGAAGCUUCAUUGGAGAAUUCAUACAGGAGAGAAAAUGUUUGAAUGUAGUGAAUAUGGGAAAUCCUUUAUCAGAAUUUCAUCACUGGGGCGGCUAGGUGGCUCAGUGGAUAGAGCACUAGCCCUGGAUUCAGGAGGACCUGAGUUCAAAUCUGUCCUCAGACACUUGACACUAGCUGUGUGACCCUGGGCAAGUCACUUAACCCCAACUGCCUCACACACAGACAAAAAAAGAGGAAGAAGUUCAUCACUUAUGAAGCAUCAGAGGAUUCACACUGGAGAAAAACCAUUUGCAUGCAGUGAAUGUGGGAAAGCCUUCAUAGUGUGUUGUUUAAAAAUCUAAAUGUGGGUUCUAAUCUAUCCCCACCUCCAGUUUUGGGGG